AUGGCAGAGCAUAAGGAAAAGAAGAGAAAGCGUAGCGAAGAUGCCGGUUCACGACCAAAGAAAAAGGUAGCUAUCCAAGCUCCUUCACAACCUAUACAGUCAAAUAUUGUUAAAGUCUCCUCCAUCCAGACAGCCAAAAGCUAUCCUCCAAUAAUAGCAACUUCUCCUGGUCUCUGUGUUCCCGAUUCAAUUAAAUUUCAGACAUAUACAUCCCCGCAGCCUACAGGUUCCAGGCGCAGUAAGAAGACAGAUGCGCACACACCCAGCCUCCUCCUACAUUCAUCCUCACACAGCAAGUUGGAUUAUACAGCAAAGGAAGAUGGGCCUGGUGGUCGGGAGUCGCAUCUUAAGCAUUAUAUCGGAGUUUUUGAUCCGAAGACGGGCCAACUGUCAGUCGUGGAAGCCAAGAAGAUGGCUGUCAGAGGUGCAGUUCGAGCACAGAAACCUCCAGAGGAAGAUGCAGAAGAAAGAAAAUCCUCCAAGACGAUGAUGGAACUACGCAACAACCUUGGCGAAGCGUUUGGAACUAAGAAAGCAAAGAAGGCGCUUGCUGCAAUCACCGAGAAUGCCAUUGCUCCAGAAAAAGCUGUCGCCGAUGCAGGCGGAAACCCUCAAAAGCUCAGCUCAUCCUCCAUGGCGCUAAUGGAUUCUAUCAACGACGUCACCGUGGGAAUGGCAUCUAAAGAAGAUCUUCAAGCAGUAGCCGACGCAGCGAAGCCAGUACCACCAGGAAAUUUUGAUGCCCAGGAGAUACAGGAUGUGUAUACUAUCGAAGAAUUGAUCGGAGGUGAAAUUUUAAAUGCCAUUCCAAUUAGAGACUGGCAAGAACAACUUAAGAACGGAGAAAACUCCGCAAUACCGACCAAGUUCAUUGCCAACCGAUUUCAGGCCGUUGGAGAAGGACCAAACCCAGUGCAUAGACUUCGAGCUCUUCGAUAUCUAGAAUUCCUUAUCAAAUUCGUCAGGAAUACUAAACCAGGAAAGGAUAGGGGCACAAAACGAAUCCCGCCGAAAGACAAGCUCAGGGAGAUAAUGAAGCCUGCUCCAGAACCCGUUAUCGAGAACAUUAGGCGAAAGUUCUCAUCUAACGCAGAGAUGAGGAAGUUCCAUGUCGAUUUGGUGUACACUUAUUGUUGUGCUCUCGCGGCGAUACUGUCGAACUAUAGCUUCGAUACAAGCUCUAUUAGAUACGACUUGGGCCUAGACGAGAAGCAAUUCGGACAGUAUUUCCGCGAGAUUGGUGGCAAGGUUAAAACUGCAAAGGGUGCAGAAAAAGGCACGCAUGUACAAGUGGCGCAAUUAGCUUUGCCAUUGGAAUUCCCGAAGGUCAGAUAUCAACGCCCACGAGGGCGUUAA